GCCAUUCGAAUAAAUAUUUUCUUUCGAUGUUGUAUCAAGUGCAAUUGUAUUUUAAUAACAGGUCGCCGAACAGGUCUGCGCAUCUAGUGUGCGUUGUAUUAACCAGCGCUCAUUAUCAGAGAAGCCUGUUGGAAGACUAGUCACUGUUAUAAAAUUUUCAGGUUGAUAAACAACCCACAACGUUGAUGGAGAACUCGCUGGUAUGGUGGUUGGAGGCUAUAUCUAUUCCUGCUAUUACACUGUUUGGGCUGAUUGGGAAUAUACUCACGUUCAUUGUGCUUGCCCGAAAGCCUCCUCACCCUACAUGGACACCUCCAGCCUCUCUCAUGCUUUCCAGGUCAUCGAUACCGCGUCGCGAGUCUUCGUCAACAGAUCACCCGUGUUCACUACCGUAUUAUCCGUCUUCUACUCAAUCUGCAUCGCGUCAUACUUCGCCUCGAACUCAAUCCACAGCUACAUCCAGUGGCAGACAUUACUCAAUUGCCUCCCGACGGUCGUCCUCAACACCAGACGAUGGUACAUAUCUUCCACCAUUGACAACUCGUUUUCUUCUUAAGGCCCUGGCCAUUGCUGACUCUUUAAUUCUACUUUGGCCGUGCUUUAUCAACUCGAUUGUAUACCUAAGCACUGGUUCAAUUAUUUUAUUUCUAUCGGUUUCACUAUGCAAGAUAGGAACGUUCUUCAAUUAUUUUCUUAUGCAACUGUCUCCAUGGCUAUUAGUUCUUGUGACAAUGGACCGUGUGUACAAUAUAGUGUUUCCAACAUUAAGUCGGAGAAAAAAGUUAACACGAAAACAUGUGAAGAUUUUGUUCAUAUUGACUAUGUUAAUUUUGGCUCUAAUUAAUCUAUACAUGUUAUUUGGUCUUGAUCUGCAAUCUGAAGAAGUAAUGACAUAUCAAAAUUCAACGAACACAUCCAAUUUUCAUUCUCCGAGCCUGAGAUGCCUUCCAAAGAAAAGUUUUAAAUAUUUCAUAACUAAAGUUUGGAGUUGGAUAGAUUUUGUCGUUGCAUUCGGAUUACCGUUUGUCAUCUUAGUAAUCGGAAACAUACUAGUUCUCAUAAAAAUGAAGUCUAGUGAGAACUUUAGAUCUAGAAGUGCCCGUGGCGGGAUGAUGGCCUCUCCGAGAGCAGCUGAACAUUGGGCAAAAGUGAGUGCAAUUCUUGGAUUAACGUUCAUUGUCCUUGUUAUGCCACUCGUCGUAUUUCAGAUCGGUGGUUCGUACUGGUUCCCAGCUAAACCCGACCCAGAUAUAAUUCCAACGCUUAUCACUGUAAGAUUGGUGCUUAACCUGCUACUCUACAUUAACAGUGCAAUCAAUUUUGUUUUGUACAUGCUCUUGGGUUCGCCAAAACUUCGACAACAGUUCGUUAGACCGCUUCACGAUUGUAAAAGGUUCAUCUGCAAAUGUACCUCGAGAGAUGAAUAACAAUACUUUAUAUUGGAAAACAAAGCAAGAAUACAGAAAGAGGCCAAAUAGAA